AUGCCUCUCCCUACUGAAGUCCCUUCUAACAAGAGGAAGAAGGCCAACAAGAUCAUCACUGACCUGUCCAACGUCAGCCAGAAUGAUGAUGAGUCAGACCCCGAGGGCGCUGAGCUCGACCUGGGCACGAAGAUCAAGACGCCCAAGGACGUGAUGCUGGAGGAGCUCUCCUUAAACUCCAACAAGGGCUCCAAGAUGUUCAGGAAGAGGCAGCAGAGAGUUGAAAAGUUCAUUGUGACCAACGAGAACCAGCUGAACCUUGAGAACCUGCUGAUGUGCCCUCCCCCCGUCCCUCCGAAGCCUGAGAUGCCAAAGGAGGAAGUGGAGGAGAAUUUGGUGGAUUUGCAGGCGGAGAAGGAGAGGAGAAGGAAGGAGUAUACACGCACCUACGUCUCCCCGUGGGAGCGGGCCAUGAAGGGCAAUGAGGAGCUGACAGCCACCAUGAAGGCCUCCAUGCCGGGACCCAUCUACCUGCACCAAGACCUGCCCCUGUACAAGAGCUUCAACAGGACGGCGCUGCCAUUUGGCGGCUUCGACAAGGUGCCCAAGAUGUUGACCUUCGAGCUCCCGGAGUUCAACGACGCCUCCGAGGACGUGGAGCCCCUGCCGAGCCUGCAGGCUGACAUCCGCUCACGCCCCUCGUUCAACCGCACGCCCAUCGGCUGGGUCUGCAGCGAGGACAACUCAAACCUCCACAUGGAGCUGGACAACAUGCCCUUCGACGGAGAGACAGACGACCUGUGAACACACAUAAACACACGCACAUGAAGGAUACAGCCUCACACAUGAGUGUAUACAUGAGAGCAUUUCACAGCUCAUAACUUACACCACGUACACUGACUGCAUAAACACUUAGAACUGCUGAGGCUCCAAGGAACACAUGUUAAAAUGUACUUUAAUGGAAAUGAAAUGAACAGAAAAGAUUUAAACUGACUUUGUGCUUUCUAAUCCCUUCAUCCCCAGCUAUGAUUGAGUCUUACUAUGAUUUUGCAUACUGUGAGCUAACAUGAGGCCUGUGUGAAUAGAAACAGAUGAACACUCUGCACUCUUUAAAGAA